GUUUGGCGCUCGGUCCGGUCGCGUCCGACACCCAGUGGGACACACAAGGCAGUGGAGCCCCGGCGGCGGCGGCGGCUGCGGCUGCGGUGGCUGUGGCGGCCCGCGGGGGCGGCGCGCGGGAGCGGUGCGGGUUGGCGCGCGGGACGAAGAAUAACCAUGGGCCAGACUGGAAAGAAAUGUGACAAGGGGCCAGUGUGUUGGCGGAAGCGUGUAAAAUCCGAGUACAUGCGACUGCGACAGCUCAAGAGAUUCCGCCGAGCCGAUGAGGUCAAGAGUAUGUUUAGUUCCAAUCGUCAGAAAAUUUUGGAAAGAACAGAAAUCUUAAACCAAGAAUGGAAGCAGCGAAGGAUACAACCUGUGCACAUCAUGACUUCCGUGAGCUCAUUGCGCGGGACUAGGGAGUGCUCGGUGAGCAGCGACUUGGAUUUCCCGACCCAGGUGAUCCCGCUGAAGACUCUGAAUGCCGUGGCCUCUGUACCCAUCAUGUAUUCAUGGUCUCCUCUGCAGCAGAAUUUUAUGGUGGAAGAUGAAACCGUUUUACAUAACAUUCCUUAUAUGGGGGAUGAAGUUCUAGACCAGGAUGGCACUUUCAUUGAAGAACUAAUAAAAAAUUACGAUGGAAAAGUACAUGGAGAUAGAGAAUGUGGGUUUAUAAAUGAUGAGAUUUUUGUGGAGUUGGUAAAUGCUCUUGGUCAGUACAAUGAUGAUGACGACGAUGAUGAUGGAGAUGAUCCUGAUGAAAGCGAAGAAAAGCAGAAAGAUCUGGAGGACCACCGAGACGAUAAAGAAAGCCAUCCACCUCGGAAAUUUCCAUCUGAUAAGAUUUUUGAAGCCAUCUCCUCGAUGUUUCCAGAUAAGGGCACCGCGGAAGAGCUGAAAGAGAAAUACAAGGAACUCACUGAGCAGCAGCUUCCAGGCGCACUUCCUCCUGAAUGUACUCCCAACAUAGAUGGGCCACAUGCCAAAUCUGUUCAGAGGGAGCAGAGCUUGCAUUCAUUUCACACACUCUUCUGUAGGCGAUGUUUUAAAUAUGACUGCUUCCUACAUCGUAAGUGCAAUUAUUCUUUUCAUGCAACACCCAACACUUACAAACGGAAGAACACAGAAACAGCCCUGGACAAUAAGCCUUGUGGACCACAGUGUUACCAGCAUUUGGAGGGAGCAAAGGAGUUUGCUGCUGCCCUCACUGCUGAGCGGAUAAAGACCCCUCCAAAGCGCCCAGGGGGUCGCAGACGGGGACGACUUCCUAAUAACAGUAGCAGGCCCAGCACGCCCACCAUCAACGUGCUGGAGUCCAAGGACACGGACAGUGACAGGGAAGCGGGGACCGAGACUGGGGGCGAGAACAACGAUAAAGAAGAAGAAGAGAAGAAAGACGAAACGUCCAGUUCCUCUGAAGCGAAUUCUCGAUGUCAGACACCAAUAAAGAUGAAGCCAAAUAUUGAACCUCCUGAGAAUGUGGAGUGGAGUGGUGCUGAGGCCUCAAUGUUUAGAGUCCUCAUUGGCACUUAUUAUGAUAAUUUCUGUGCCAUUGCUAGGUUGAUUGGGACCAAAACAUGUAGACAGGUGUAUGAGUUUCGAGUCAAGGAGUCGAGUGUGAUUGCUCCAGUUCCCGCCGAGGACGUGGACACCCCUCCGAGGAAGAAGAAGAGGAAACACCGGUUGUGGGCCGCACACUGCAGAAAGAUACAACUGAAAAAGGAUGGCUCCUCUAACCAUGUUUACAACUAUCAACCAUGUGACCAUCCACGGCAGCCUUGUGACAGCUCGUGCCCUUGUGUGAUAGCACAAAAUUUUUGUGAAAAGUUUUGUCAGUGUAGUUCAGAGUGUCAAAACCGCUUUCCUGGAUGCCGUUGCAAAGCACAGUGCAAUACCAAGCAAUGCCCGUGCUAUCUGGCCGUCCGAGAGUGUGACCCUGACCUCUGUCUUACCUGUGGAGCUGCUGACCACUGGGACAGUAAAAAUGUGUCCUGCAAGAACUGUAGCAUUCAGCGGGGUUCCAAAAAGCAUUUAUUGCUGGCGCCAUCUGAUGUGGCAGGCUGGGGAAUUUUUAUCAAAGACCCUGUGCAAAAAAACGAAUUCAUCUCUGAAUACUGUGGAGAGAUAAUAUCUCAAGAUGAAGCAGACAGAAGAGGGAAAGUGUAUGAUAAAUACAUGUGCAGCUUUUUGUUCAACUUGAACAAUGAUUUUGUAGUGGAUGCGACCCGCAAGGGUAAUAAGAUUCGUUUUGCAAAUCAUUCAGUGAAUCCCAACUGCUAUGCAAAAGUUAUGAUGGUGAACGGAGACCACAGGAUAGGCAUUUUUGCUAAAAGAGCCAUCCAGACGGGUGAGGAGCUGUUUUUCGAUUACAGAUACAGCCAGGCUGACGCCCUGAAGUACGUGGGCAUCGAGAGAGAAAUGGAAAUCCCGUGACACCUGCUACCUCCUCCUCCCCUGCCUCUGGAACAGCUGCCUUAGCUUCAGAACCUCGAGUACUGUGGGCAAUUUAGAAAAGGAAAAUGCAGUCUGAAUUUCUGAAUUUGCAAAGUACUGUAAGAAUAAUUUAUAGUAAUGAGUUUUAAAAUCAAGUUUUUAUUGCCUUUUCACCAGCUGCAAAAGUGUUUUGUACCAGUGAAUUUUUGCAAUAAUGCAGUAUGGUACAUUUUUCAAUUUUGAAUAAAGAAUACUUGAACUU